AUGAGCUACUACUCGCGCUCCCCACCGCCCCUCCAACACCCCGUACCCACCCACCCCGCCUUCAUCCCCGAACCGCCCAGCACGCCCGCCUCGCCACAGGGCUACCAGCGCUACACCUCUUCCCCGCCGCAACCGCACACGCAACAUCAGGCUUUUGUCGCGCCUUCCGUGCAAACCCAGGGUGUACCAGUCGGUGGUGGUGCGGGGUAUCAUCCGGCGUUUCAGCAUGCGCAGGGAGGACCUGGUGCACCGAUGGCGCCGGGGCAGGGAGGGAUUCCGUACGCGGCGUGGGGCAUCGACGGCGCGACGGCGCAGUUCGGGAUGCAAUUGGGGCAGAACGCGAUGAGCGCCGGCCAGGAAUACGUCGCCAAAAACCUGGGCGGCCUGAUCCCGCUGAGCGCGCUGAAGCAGCACUUCGACGUCUCGAACUCGUACGUCGUGCACAAGCUCCGCCUGCUGCUCUUCCCCUGGCGCCACCGCCCCUGGACGCGGCGCAUGCGGCGUUCAGAAGCCAACACGGCCGAGUUCCAGGCGCCGCGCGAGGACGUCAACGCGCCGGACCUCUACAUCCCUUUGAUGGCGUUCACGACGUAUAUUUUGUUGGUGGCGCUGCAGAGCGGGCUGCAGGACAAGUUCCAUCCGGAGAUUCUGGGCGUGACGGGGAGCAAGAGCGUGUUUGUGCUGCUGUGCGAUUUUGUGUUUGUGAAGGGCGGGUGUUAUUUGUUGGGGGUGCAGGGGUCGGGGCCGGUGGUGGAUUUGUUGAGUUAUGGGGGGUAUAAGUUCGUUGGGGUGAUCGUGACGAUUGUGGCUGGGCUGCUCACGACUUCGCGAAUGUUAUACCUCCUCGCAUUCGUCUAUACAUUCCUCGCCAACGCUUUCUUCCUCCUCCGAUCUCUACGCUCAGUCGUCUUACCAGACGCCGCCGCACCAGGCGCAGUCGGCACCGUCAGCCACGCACAACGUUCACGCCGGAUCACAUUCUUGUUCCUCGUUGCUGUUGUGCAGGUGUUAUGGAUGGGCGUGCUCGUUCGCGUGUGA